AUGCUAGUCCAUAACACUCCUGGAAAGCUAAACAAAUGCAAUUUGUCCGUCGUGGAAUUUGAAGAAUUGCUUAUGGAUCACGCCUGGAGCGGUGCGGACGGUCCGCAGUUCCACAAUAUAAGCUUCUUUGGCUUAUAUGCUGUUCUUUGUGGAUUGCUCUCCAUAAUUUUCUCUGCUCAGGCAAGUAGGACCAUUCAACGCCAGCUACCAGUUUUGGAGCGAGCUCUGUCUAGGUGGAAAUUGCUCUGGGACCGAUCAGUCUCGCAAGCCCAUUCGCAGGAGCUCGAACGUGCUGGUAUUAUGAUGAGUGCUAGUGAAGUGUGGCUGCUUGGGAGAGCCUUUUUGCACAUGGAGUCAAAGGACUUUCUGGACGGGUUAGACAGCGAUUCGAUGAUAAACAUGGAAUCGUUAGCUAGCCAUGUGAAGAAAGCGCUGCCUAAAUUCGGUUGA